CCCCCGGAGCAGCGAUGGCGGCGGCUCGGGGCCGGACGGUGCUGCUGACCGGCUCCAACCGCGGCAUCGGGCUGGAGCUGGCGAAGCAGCUCUUGGGGGCACCGCGGCCCCCCGCCUGGAUCUUCGCGACGUGCCGGGAGCCCGAGGGGCCGCGGGCACAGGAGCUGAGAGAUCUGGCAUCUAAACACUCAAACCUGGUGCUUGUGAAGCUGGACGUCGAGAAGCCCUCGGCUGUCCGGGCAGCGGUGCAGCUGGUGGGGGAGAAGCUGAAGGGCACCGGCCUGAACCUGCUGAUCAACAACGCCGGGAUCUACAGCCCCACAGCCUCGCUGCACACCGUGGGUGCUGAGGACAUGGUCCAAACCUACAUGACCAAUGCAGUGGGGCCAAUGCUGGUGGCCCAGGCCUUCCUGCCCCUGCUGAAGAAGGCUGCCCAGGAGAGCCCUGAGAAGGGCCUGAGCUGCAGCAGGGCAGCCAUCAUCAACAUCUCCUCUAUCCUGGGCUCCAUUGAGAAAACUCCUGACUCCUUCUUCAAGCCUGUCAUCUCCUACCGCUGCAGCAAGGCUGCCCUCAACAUGCUCACCAAGUGCCAGGCUCUGACCUACGGGGAAGCCGGAAUCCUCUGCGUGGCUCUUCACCCUGGCUGGGUGAAAACAGACAUGGGCAGCCAGGAGGCUGACCUGCCAGUGGACACGAGUGUGCGGGGGCUGCUCUCUGUGCUGCCCAUCCUGUCCGAGAAACACAGCGGGACUUUGCUCAACUGGGAAGGUAAAACAAUUCCUUGGUGACUGCUCUCCCUGUGAGGGAUCCCCCUGUGCCAGGGGAUGCUCAGCCCUCUGGGAUCUGCAAGGGAUCUACUUGGGAGCUCAGUGGAUGUGAAGGGCAGCCUGUGAUGUUGCUAAUAAAUAAAGUCAGAUGGUAUCUGUGGCUUCUCCCA